GAAGGCAAACUUCCAAUAUUGAAAAUUCCGUUCCUCUUAGAGGUUACCCCUCUAGUUUUCUCAAUACGGAAGGACAAGCUUCCAAUAUUGAAAAUUUCGUUCCUCUUAGGAGCUACCCCUCUCAAGCUAUUAUUUAUGAUCAAUACGGACUGCCAUUACAUCGUCUUAAUAUUGAUCUCGCCUCUUGGAUGUUAUUGGAUCUGCUAGGUAUAUUGUUUUCUAUUUUCGAAAUUAUCUCUGCGAGGACCUUCAUAUGA